GGGAGGGGCGGCGGGAGAGGCCUAGGGAGGGCGCCCCGGGCCGCCGCCGCCCGCCUCCGCCCGAGCCUCCGCCCGCGCGGCCGAGCGAGCGCCGUCGGGGCGGGCGGGGGACGGAGCGCGCGCCCACCGCGUCCCUGCCCCCCUCGAUGGGCGCGGGGGCGUCCGGGCCGCCGCAGCCGCCGCAGGAGCCCGGCAGAGCCGUCGUCGCGGAGCGCGCCGCAGCCGCGGGCCGCGUUAAGCCCAUCCACAGUAAUGGCCACAGCCUUACCUAGGACCCUGGGGGAGCUGCAGCUGUAUCGAAUAUUGCAGAAAGCCAAUCUGCUUUCUUACUUUGAUGCCUUUAUCCAACAAGGUGGUGAUGAUGUCCAGCAACUGUGUGAGGCUGGAGAAGAGGAAUUUUUGGAAAUAAUGGCCCUCGUGGGCAUGGCAAGCAAGCCCCUUCACGUUAGAAGGCUUCAGAAGGCUCUGAGAGACUGGGUUACAAACCCUGGCCUUUUCAAUCAGCCAUUGACUUCACUUCCUGUUAGUAGCAUACCCAUCUAUAAAUUACCAGAGGGAUCGCCAACAUGGCUGGGGAUAUCCUGCAAUAGUUACGAAAGGAGUAGCAGCUCACGAGAGCCACAUUUAAAAAUCCCUAAAUGUGCUGCCACCACCUGUGUGCAGAGCUUGGGCCAGGGCAAGUCAGAGGUGGGAAGUUUAGCACUGCAGAGUGUCAGCGAAUCCAGACUCUGGCAAGGCCACCAUGCCACUGAAAGCGAGCAUAGUCUCUCCCCAGCCGACCUGGGCUCCCCAGCCUCUCCAAAGGAAAGCAGUGAAGCCCUGGAUGCCGCUGCUGCACUCUCUGUGGCCGAGUGUGUGGAGCGGAUGGCCCCCACGCUGCCCAAAAGUGACUUGAGUGAAGUGAAGGAGCUGCUGAAGAACAAUAAGAAGUUGGCCAAAAUGAUCGGUCACAUCUUUGAGAUGAGUGACGAAGACCCCCACAAAGAGGAGGAGAUUAGAAAGUACAGUGCCAUCUAUGGGCGGUUUGACUCCAAAAGAAAGGAUGGUAAACACCUUACAUUGCAUGAGCUCACUGUUAACGAGGCAGCCGCUCAGCUGUGUGUCAAGGACAAUGCCCUGCUGACAAGAAGAGAUGAGCUUUUUGCCCUGGCCAGGCAGGUUUCUCGAGAGGUUACCUACAAGUACACUUACAGGACCACCAGGUUAAAGUGUGGUGAAAGAGAUGAAUUAUCUCCAAAGAGAAUUAAAAUAGAGGAUGGAUUUCCCGACUUCCAGGAAUCUGUGCCAACACUCUUCCAGCAGGCCAGAGCCAAGAGCGAGGAGCUUGCAGGGCUCGGUUCACAGCAGGCUGAAAAGGGGAUGGCGAAGCAGAUGGAGCUCCUGUGUGCCCAGGCCGGGUAUGAGAGGCUGCAGCAGGAGAGGAGACUCACGGCCGGGCUCUACAGGCAGAGCUCCGGCGAGCAGAGCCCUGAUGGCGGCCUGCCUUCUGAUAGCUCUGAUGGACAAGGAGAAAGACCUUUGAAUCUCCGAAUUCCUAGUGUGCAGAACAGACAGCCCCAUCAUUUUGUGGUGGAUGGGGAGCUGAGCAGGCUUUACUCCAGUGAGGCGAAGUCCCACUCCUCAGAGAGCCUUGGGAUUUUAAAAGACUACCCUCACUCUGCAUUCACCUUGGAAAAGAAAGUUAUUAAAACAGAGCCCGAAGACCCAAGAUAGCUGAGACGCUCCUGCUGUUCUCUGGAAAUGGCACCAGAUUCAAGGAUAAUGCUCCAUCAUAGAUUAAGCCUUAAUAACCAGUGUUGCCUCAUUCAGCUCACAGACCAUAGCCAAAGCAUAAGAACUCACACAAGUCUGUGGACAUCAGGACAAAGCAACAACCACAGAAGAGGGAAUCAAGAGAGUAUUGCAACGUAACAGGCACUGACCACUUACCUUCCUGUGUAAGCUGCUUGUGUGGAAAGGCUCAAUAUCGUAGGCAUUCACUAUUUAAGAAUGUACAACAUGUCUUUGUAAUUUAUAGAAACAAGUCUAGAUGUUGAUACCUUGUGGUCUAAUAGAUGUGGAUACCAUUCAUUUUACUUGAAAUUUUGUUGUCUACUUUAAGUGUAUUUACCAUAAAUGUUACUUGUCAGCAAUUAGAACUUUUGCAGUCAUAGAAAGAAAGUCUGGGCAAUGUAGUUAUUGGCAAGGUGACUGAAGAAAGAUGGAAGAUAAAUACACAAUUUACACCAAGGAGAAGAGUGUGUGUUUAAUACUUGAUAACAUUGAUUUUGAUUAAUAGGAAAUAUGUAGCUGUCACUAAAUAAUGUCACUUUCAUUGGUUUAAUCAAUGCAAAAAUUAAAAAUUGGAGUAACAUUCCCAAGAUGAGGUAGGCUAUAUUUAUGGCAGCUGCUCAAGAUGUAACAAAGGUUGGACAGAGGACAUGAAAUAAAUGGGUUAUUGUGUAAAAGUCUUGAUUUAAAAACAUUGAUAUUUCAGAAUAUGUUAAACAAAUUAAGGCAUAGUAAGAUAGCCCUAAAUGUGAUAAAGAUGAUGAUGUGGGUGAAUGGACAUGGAAUGUGUGUCUUGUUUUUAGUUCUGCUUUAGAUCAUGCUAUGGUAGAUAUGAGUUCCUAAUCUGUUAUACUGAAAUCCGUUGGCCAGAUGUUAGGUGAGAUGUAGGCACCACCAUAGGCUCUAAGCACUGUCACAUAGAUAGUCACUUUCCAAUUUGAUCUGUAGAAGAGUUCUACAGUAGAAACACCAGUAAACAGCCUUUCUCCCAUUACCAGGCUUUCCCUCCUAGAUGAUUCUAUUGGACCAUAGCACUUUGCCCACUAAAAAGUCUCUUAGGGACCAUGUGGCUCCGUUUCUACCGUGAGGUUGAUGAUUGUGGUCUCACUGUCCACCGUGUGUAGAGCUAGUGCGAUACCAUUUAAAUAGAAUGUUCAGUUUGUAAUAUUAGCCACUGUAUACAAAGUAUCCGUAUACUUUCACGAACCGUUUCCUGUGUUCCAUAAUCUAUUUUGAGAAAUUUUGUGGUCCUUUUUCUUUCUUUGUUUUUUUAAAAAAAAACAAACAAACAAAAACAGAAAACAAAAAAACUAUGUCUUACAGUUCAAGUUCAUAGAUUUUAACAUGCAAGUUUGAAAAGCUGCAGUAGUCUGCCAGCUGAUCUGUCUCUCCUGCACCUGUAACCUGCAGUUUUAAAUCCAGAAGAAAGUCUCCUUAAGUAGCAUACUUUUCUGACUUCCAAGCUUAGAGAUAAAGAAGAAGCACACACACACACACACACACACACACACACACUCACAAACACUCACACUCACACACACACAAAUUUUCAGUAGAAUACAAUUUUUAUCUUGUGAACACUAAUGUAUUAAACUUGCUAAACAUUAAAGCAAAUAAUAUAUAUUUUUAUUUGAAUGGUAUAUAUAAAUUAGAUGUUAUAACUAGUGGGGUGUUCUUCAUUUCGUUUAAGAUACUUCCACUGAACAAGGUCAAUUGGUUACCUCAGUAUUACAGCCAAUAUAACCCAAGGGACCAUUUCUCCCUAAGUCUGUGUUAUUCUUUAUUGUGUGAAUUCUGCAUUUUUGUGAUUCCUAAAACUGUUGAAGAGAUGAGUGAACUUGCUUCCUGUGGCAAUAAAGGAUCUCUCUGCCUCACAAA